AUGGCCAGUCUGAGUAACUGGGAAGGAAGGGCCUUGGCCAGGGAGACUUUCUCAUCUCGCUGUGUCCUUCCUGCUGAUGGAGACUCGCUGAGCUUCACAGUCACCGCUGAUUUCUCAUUUGAGGACCUGAGAAAGGAGCUGUCAGGUCUGACAAAGAGUCUGGAGAAGAUCAGCCAGGAGGACAUCAUGGCAAGGACUCCAUCAGCUCAUGAAGCUCCAGUUUUCACCCUCCAGCCUCCUGAACCUCAGAGCAGAGACGACUUUUUAAAAUACUUCUGUCCCCUCACACUGGACAUCAACACGGCACACAGACGCCUCCAUCUGUAUGAAGGGGACAAGAAGGUGACAUUAAAGGGGAGACAAGCUGAAUAUCCUGAUAAUCCUGACAGAUUUGACUGCUGGGGUCAAGUUCUGUGUAGAGAGGCUCUGACUGGGUCUCGCUGUUACUGGGAGGUGGAGUGCAGUGGACGUCUCAUGAGGAUUGGAGUCGCAUAUAAAGGACUGAGCAGGAAAGGAGAGGACUGGGAGUGCAGCCUUGGAAACAAUGACAAGUCCUGGUGUUUGCUGUGUUCUCAUUCCCAGUACUCUGUGUGUCACAAUAACCAGCAGACUGUAAUCAGCGCCCCCUACCGCCCCAGAAUAGGUGUGUAUCUGGACUGGCCUGCUGGUUCUCUAUCAUUUUAUAGCGUCUCACACACAAUGACCCUCCUGCACAGGAUCAACACCUCCUUCACUGAGCCCCUCUAUCCAGGGUUUUUGCUUUAUAAUUACUCCUGCGUGACAAUCAGUCAUCUGACACCAUGUGACCACUGACCAGUACCCUACUCUGGUCACUUGUUGUCCCUACAAGCUCAGGUCCUCUUUGUGUUUGUAGUUUGGUGUCAAAAUUAAUUUUACACGGUAGGUGGGGGGCAGCUCCUCUGUGCCUGAAUUUGUGGAAACAGCUUUCAGGGUCUCCAUUAUUAUUGGGUCUGAGUAGCCAAUCAGGUGAGUGUGUCAUAGUGAGGGGCGGUGACACCUCAGACCUACAAAUGCCAGUCUGAGCAGCAGGGGUCACUGUUGAGUCACAGCCACAUGUUCUUCAGGCUGACACCCCAACAACUGAUGUGUUCUCUGAGUGUCACUGAAUGUCACCUGUUAGUCAGUCUAUAUAGCUCCUUUCAGUUGUGCUGCUCCAGCAGGAACACAUGCCUGUCUCAGUAUCCAGAGCCUCAUUCCAGUGACUAUUUAGGAGCACAGAGUGACAGAAGUGACUGGAGUUCUGCCCUCAGAACAGACAUUGUCUGCCCCUCUAUUAGUUACUCAGGUGGUCUGUCACCUCUGAAUGAACUCACUGUGAAUGGCUAAAGACGAGGACUCAUCACUCAGUCACAUGUCUGCCAUACUGAUGGAGUUUGGUGUUUUACUGAGUCACUUGGUGUCAUGUUAGACAUUAAACUGCACCUCCUCCUUGUUGUUCCCACUGUCACCCAACCUCAAGGAGACGAGGCAGCUGACUGACUUUACCUUCACUAUUGGUGUUCAAAGUGACAAUGAGAAGUGACACUUGGGGACACUUUUAUCUUUCCACUGACACACACAUUGUCAGGAUUAAUUUACAAUUUCCUCAGGACCCCUCAAGGAGGGGUGUGUCACCUGACAUCAGUCUGUGUGAAGAAGCCAAUGAAGGCCCAGGCUGACAGCCCCCCAACUGUGUAUUACAGUCCUCACCAGAAUAAGUGAGCCCCUACUAGUGUCUUCCAGCUGCCCAUACUUAUAUCUCCCUUCCCCUGGUCUUCAGGAGUCUUAGUCCCAUUGAUCCUUGAGAAAGGCAUCACAGAGAUCACUCUAGCCCAGGCUCUAUUGUGGAGUGCUCUCACCCAGGCCUGCCUGCCAGCAAAUUCCAGAGAGGAUCAAAAUCCGUUAACCUUACCACUGUCCUAAUCCUUCUGAUUGCCCGGUCUUUGUGCCCUGAUUGCCCGGUGAAUGCUCCAGAUACUGGAAGUAUGAUUAAAGAAAUUCUUGGACAAUGAAACAGUUGGUUUAUAGUGGUUGCUGACCUACUCCUGUUUUGAGUGACAGCUGUAUUCCUUUCUUUUCUGAGAUAUCCGUAAGGCAAUGGAAGGCAACCUUUUUCAAGUUGCGGUGCACUAAGUCCAAAAAUAUUCUUUUGCGACGCACCUGAGGGACUGUCCAUAAAUAAAGUCGUGACGACACAAUC